CUAUAGUGCUGCGCAGACUGCAAACAGUUUCGGUACCGAUACCACAAAUAGCAGYAGCAGUAUGAAGAGCGCACUUUCCGAACAGACRGUGACGACGUAUAGAACGGCACCAAAAACAACAACAUCAACUGUUGCUGCUGCACUCCACCGGUACCACCAGUCGAAUGUUGCUGUUGCAAAUACUACUAGUAGUAAUCUACCGGUUGCCAACACAGCAAAUCCCAUCGUGGGGCCCACAACAUCUGCAGGCGAUGCAAAGAACUAUCGCCACCCUUCAAAACCUGGUGAAACCAACAACGGAAACGAAAUAUCACAGUCUAGCGAAGUCGAAACAACAAAUGACAACGACCUUUCCAAUUUAGAUGCUGCGAAUUCGAAGUCGUUCGUUGUUCCAGACCAUUACGAUUGGCAACGAUCUACUGAAGAAAACUACGAUAUCAAAGGUGGCCAAACCGAGGACACUAAUCACAAUCAACAAAACCCCGGAAAUAGCACCAACGCUCCGUGUUAUUUUGGCCAGUUUUUCGAGCAGCGGAACCGUUUGGAUCUCUCCUACCACGCGAUCUACGUCCCUGAACGACAGGCCUUUCAAGAUUCAAUCGUUGCUUCUAUGCUGCAUUUGGCACCGUCCAUGGUGGAUCGCACCCUUUCUCGGAGUGGCUCAACAAGUCCUGUUGCUAUUGGAACUGCUGCUACAACAGACACUGAUUGCACGACAAAGCCACAAGAAGAAUACAGGGAGAACACACUUGUUGGCCGCGAUCCCCGUCCACCGCAAUGGAUUGUGUUCACCGCCGGUGUCUACGGGGCCGGAAAAAGCCACACCAUCCGAAAACUCCAGUCCCACGGGUGCUUUCCUGGGCCCGGGACUAAUCGCGACCACGAACCCUCCAAUCCAAAUGCGUCGGUGGAACCACCAACACAGAACAAGAAUAUUCAAUCCGAGGAGUUCCACAACAACAACUUUGUUGUGGUGGAUCCCGACCUUAUCCGACGGAAGCUUCCCGAGUUUGAAGGAUACGGAGCCCAGGUGGUGGGAGCCGCAACACAGAAAGAAGCGGGAAUGAUGGCGGAACUCCUGACGGACGCUGCCCUUUCGAGGGGUUUAAGCGUCCUGGUCGACGGGAGCCUCCGGGAUGCGGCCUGGCACACGGAAUACUUUGCAAGGCUCAGGGCGCGACACCAGCAGACACAAGUUCGAACGCAAACACAAACGAUGGGAAACACGGGAGUGUCUCCAGCACUUCGGAUCGGGAUCUUGUACGUAACUGCCCCGCAAGAAGAAAUCUACGAGCGGGUUCGGUCCCGGCAGCAAACCACUGGCCGGGGUGUUCCAAUUCGAGAUCUGGAAGAGAGCACCGUGGAGGUUCCAAUUGCCGUUCACCAACUGAAGCCCCUAGUGGACUUUUUUGUGGAGAUCCACAACUCCCAACAAAAGCAAAACCAUCAUCAUCAACAAGAACAAAAGCAGGAGAACGAAAAUAAACGACAAGACCACGGAACCGCAAAAGAYGGCGACGACGGCGACGACCACGAUUUCCAAAGGAGUGAGGCCGAAAAACUCUUGUUUUCAAAGCGAUGUGUGUCAAUUUUGAAACACAACGUCUAAACUACACGUAGCGAACAAUUUUGUGCUCUUUUGUUUUGUUUCGGUAAUUUUAAAUUCCCU